AUCUUCCCGCUGCACAAUAAUAAUACAUUAAUAGAAUUAUCGAUGUCUAAUAAUAAGAACUACUUAAAAAGAUAAACAGUCACUGAUUACUGAUUUGUAUCGAUAAAUUAUUUAGUAAGCGAUUAGUGAUUGCCGUGUUAAGUACAGUGAGAAUAAUGGCAGAAAAAGUUAAGAAAAGACCUUCGUUUUUCACAUUGAAAAGGUGGAACAGCCAGAAGACUGUCAACGAUGAACCCUCGACACCAACAUCUGAUGCACCACCACCACAAACUGCGCCAAUGUACAAAAGCACGAAUAGUCCGUCUACAAAUAGAACUAUCUACUCUACAGAAACCAAACCUAGGAAAUUAUCAGCAGACGGUAUCCAGGAUCUAGUUCAGUGUCCACUCUGCUUGGAGGUUCUUCAUAAUCCAAAGAUGUUGCCCUGCCAACACACGUUUUGUUUGGCCUGCCUUGGUGUUUAUAUUUCUGGCUCGCCGAUAAUCAAAUGUCCAAUAUGUAAUACGAAGAUCCAAGUAAGCGGUCCGAACUAUGUGAACGAAUUACCACCAAAUCUUUACAUCGAUUCACUUUUGCGUUUAAUUGGUAUCAACAAAGGUACCAUCAGUAAUGAAGGGUCAAGCAGUCCAGUAGCCACGACGCCACCUUCUAAUCUUCCUACCAAUUCAGGGACAAGUGUAAAUUUGUUUGCUGGCGGUACACGCUGUUCUCAAUGCAAGACUAUGUGUGAUAACCCUGACGUGAUAUGCUGCAAACAUUGCAAAAUGAAUUUCUGUCGGGUUUGCUGGUCACAACACUUGGAUGACAUGAAAACACAACUUUCUUCGAUAUUGAAACAGUUAGAUUCGGCUGCUGACCGUUUAGACCAUAAGAUUGAACAUUUCAAAGACCGUUGCGAGAGAAUCUUAGAACAAAUAAACAUUACCGCCGAAGAGAAAAUCAAUGAACUUUUGGAGAAGAAAGAACAAAUAAUCAAAGAAACUGCAGAAUUACAAAAAGCAGGAGACAUGUCCGCUUUAGCUUUGAAAACUUCACUAGAAGAAGCGAGAGAUGUAGCAUUGAAAGAAAUGAGUGACAAAACGACUACGGAUGAUUCGACGAAGGUGAUGACAUUUGUUAAUUUGCAUCAAAACACAUUACACAUAUUAUCGGACGUGUCUAAAUGGGAUACUGAACGUUUCGUUUUUGACAAGGAAGGUUUCCGUAUAGAGUUGGACUCUGCGACUCCAUUAUAUGCAGAAUCUGAUGAUCCUCUACCUGAGGGAGCAAAGCAGAACAACCCACUUGAAAGCGAAGACAGCUUAUGCAUGUAUUAUAGGUCGAGAAAUUUCGUCCCUCAUUUCGUUUGGCGGAAAGCUUCUCGGCCCGGUGGAAUAGGUAUCAGUCCUUGGACUGGACACUUGUAUAUCUGCGGCAUGGACAUCCACUGUGUUCUGAUAGUGGAACGUUCUCAAGCCAAGAUAGUCGGCAGAUUGACGCACGAAAACAUGUUGUGUCCCGUGCAGAUUGCGUUUAUGAAAAGUUUGGGAGAGAUUUAUGUUGCCGACAAAUGGAAGCAUUGUGUUCACGUGUUUUCUAUGAGCGGCGACUAUUUGAGAGCGAUCGGUCAGAAAGGUAGUCGGUAUGGUAUGUUUAGAUCCCCGGAAGGUAUCGCUGUAGAUAACUCACAAAACCACAUUUACGUGGUAGACACUGGCAAUGAUAGAGUGCAGGUGAGUUGAAAUACUAACGUGUUAUUUGUAGAUACUAAAAAAAAUAUCACUCAUCUCCUAAUGGUCCUUGAACCGGAAUUAUGAAUUUUGAAGUAUAUGAUGUAUUAAUGUUAAACAAUUAAAUUCAGGUUUGCUAUUCUGUAUACUUAAUUCAAAACAACAAAAAUAAAAAUACAAUUAUAUAUGCCUUUCUGU